CGUGGGCAGAGGAGGUGAGGUUGGAGCUGGAGGACGGGUCUGCAGACGUGCGAUGACAGGAUGUCGCUCGUCCGUCAUCGGUUCCGCUGAGUUUCAGUCACGGCUUCGUUAGAGCUCGGGGCGACGCUCGUGUCUGGACCCGUUCUGGACCCGUUGUGUCCUCUACAGGUGUGUGCGUCUUCGGACGCUCCAGCGGGUUUUAUGGCGUUUCCUGCUGAUGUCGCCACUGACUCAUGCUGCAUCGUUACACGCGGUGAGACGGAGCGAAAGGUCAGUGUUUAAUGAGCGCUCGGAGCGCGGGACUCGUCCUGAUUGCCCCCGUUAUUGAGUGUCCUGACAUUCACUUCCAUCCAAUAUCUGAACAAAAUACCACAUGACGUUUUUGCCUGCAGUCGGUUUCUUCCGGCUCUUUGCUGACGGUUCAAGAAAUCCUCAAGAACCGAGUCCUGUUUUGAGUCUAAAUUUGACCAUCAGUCGACAAAGUGUCAGAAAUGUUGGUAAAGAGCGUAACGCAGCUCGAGUCCGGACUCUGCAACGUGCUCUCGUCUAUAUUUGAGCUGAGUCUUGUCUUCAGAACGUCUAAAUCUCACAAAGGGAGGCAUUUUGCAGUAAAUGUAAUCUGGAAUCUGUGCUGAGGCCUCCUCCUCUGCACUUGUUGUGUAAAUGUGAGUGAAGCGAGGGGAAACUUCACCUCUGGGUCCUCGUCCCUCGGCUCCGUCUUCUUCUGCAGUUCAGGGGCCUUGAACUGAGACCGAACUGACAUUUAACAGGGCAAACGGCCGUGAAAUACCAUCUGCUGUCAGCUGAUAUUAGGAAUCAAUGACAUGAGACGAGCUGGAUCCGUCCUGCAAGGUCCACAGACUCUGUCCCUGACUUCCUGCUCUGAUUUCUCUUUCUGCGUGUUUCUCACUUUUCCUAAACGUCAUCUCUUUCGCCGCCUGCUCUCUUUUUAUUUUCAGGCUGGAUGAUGCAGCAGCAGCAAAACCUCUGUUUGCCACAACAGCCUGUGCCUUGACUCGGGGGCGUCGCUGUCACGGUGAAGUGCUGCAUCUGGGGACCCACACGACCAGCAGCUGCAGGCGACUUUAAUCACAGCUGUCAGGGAGUCUCUGCACGCAUGGUCACAUGAAUGUCAGCGCUGCAGGCCAGAUGCCGGUGAUGGAGGAGCUUGUCAGUGAGAGCGACAGCAUGCCAAAGCGGAUGGCUCUGAUCUGCUUCCUGUCUCUGGUCAUGCUGAUGAGCAUCUUGGGGAACCUGCUGGUCAUGGUGGCUGUCUGCAAGGACAGACAACUCAGGAAAAUCAAGACCAACUACUUCAUCGUUUCUCUGGCCUUCGCCGACUUGCUCGUCUCCGUGCUGGUGAUGCCGUUCGGCGCCAUCGAGCUCGUCCACCAGAACUGGAUCUACGGCGAGACCUUCUGCCUGGUGCGGACGUCGCUGGACGUCCUGCUGACCACAGCGUCCAUCCUGCACCUGUGCUGCAUCGCCCUGGACAGGUACUACGCUAUCUGCUGCCAGCCCCUGGUCUACCGGAAUAAGAUGACUCCAAUGCGAGUGGCGCUGAUGAUCGGUGGCUGCUGGGUCAUUCCCACCUUCAUCUCCUUCCUGCCCAUCAUGCAGGGCUGGAACAGCAUCGGCAUCGACGACCUGAUCGAGCAGCGGCGCCACAGCGAGAACAACUCCACGUCCUGCGUGUUCAUGGUCAACAAGCCGUACGCCCUCACCUGCUCCGUGGUGGCCUUCUACAUCCCGCUGCUCCUCAUGGUGCUGGCCUACCAGAGGAUCUACGUCACGGCGCGCGCCCACGCGCUGCAGAUCAGCAUGCUGCAGCGCGCCGGGGGGGCGGGGAGCGGCGCCGCGGGGCCGUCCGGCGCCGGGGACUCGGACUCGGCCGACCACCAGCGCAACCACCGCAUGAGGACGGAGACCAAGGCGGCCAAGACGCUGUGCAUCAUCAUGGGCUGCUUCUGCCUGUGCUGGGCGCCGUUCUUCGUCACCAACGUGGUGGACCCCUUCAUCAGCUACACGGUGCCUGAGCAGCUGUGGUCGGCCUGCCUGUGGCUGGGCUACAUCAACUCCAUGCUGAACCCCAUCCUCUACGCCUUCCUCAACAAGUCCUUCCGCCGUGCCUUCCUCAUCAUCCUGUGCUGCGGGAGGAAGCGCUACCGCAGGCCCUCCAUCCUCGGCUCGGGCGCUCCGUGCACGGCCACGCAGAUCAACGGCUCCACGCACGUUCUCAAGUAUUCUGUCCUUCACAACGGUAACCACACAGAGCAGGAGAAGACGUCUCUGCACGCUGAGUCCCACGAGUCCUGUUUGUGACCAUCUUCCACAGCCGUGGUUCUACAUGGUUCUACAGAAGCGGUCCGUGGGCCUCGCAGCCGGAGCUGAGAUCCAACGCAGCUGCUGUGAAACGCAGGCGGCUGCGAGCGAGUGACGUUCCAGGGUGCGUCUGAGCGAAGGUCAGCUGAUGCUGAGGAGCAGGAGGCUGAAGAAAGCGCUCCCGUCACAUCCACACGCACCCGAUCCGCCGCCCCUGGUUCUGAGGAGACCUGGUGGCUUCAGUGGAGCUGAAGCCAAUGUGAUAAAGGACCGUGUUGGACAAAACGUUGCCAAAGCCGAUAUACAAACAUACAGUGGGAAUAUUUCUGAUGAAACAUGAGGCUCCUUGUUGUUGUUCUGCUAAAACCCCAAUAUUAGGUCGCUAACAGUGUUAUUCAAGCAGGCUGAGUUCAGAACAAUAGUGAAUUUGGUAAACAUCCCAUAAUAAAACAUCCAGCGUUUUAGCCCAUUUUAGCCUUAAGUCAAACCAGAACCUGUUCGUCCCCCUGGUGGUGUUACAUCCUUGAGCAUCGACAGGCGCUAACGCGUUUGUGAUGCUGCACGUGCAGCGGGUGGAGGCUGCGGUUCGAGGCUCACACUCCGGUUCAUCACCUCACAGCUCUGUGUCGCAUUCAGACACGAAGGAGCCCGAGCUGCUCCAGGACUUCACAGGGUCUGCUGUGUGUGUGUGUGUGUGUGUGUGUGUGUGUGUGUGUGUGUGUGUGUGUGUGUGUGUGUGUGUGUGUGUGUGUGUGUGUGUGUGUGCGUGCGUGCGUGCGUGCGUGCGUGCGUGCGUGCGUGCGUGCGUGCGUGCGUGUGAAUGACACUUUUCCUGUGGUUCUGCUCCAGAUCAGCCUCCUCGUUUCCUCGUGCUACAUCAUUAAUGACGGACUAUUAAUUAAACAGUAGACUUUGAGCUGUGGGGACGAGUCAGUAGAUGCUCGUCGCUGUUGCACAUGCAGCUCCUGAAAAAGUUUGAACUUUCUCCAAAAUCAGCUGUUUGGAGAAUCAAGUUCUUUCAUCGUAGACCCACUUUUGCUCCUCAUUUCAUCCUGUAAGACCCACUGGCCACAGUUGACACGGGACUAAUGUGGCUGUAAAGCAGAUUCACCCUCUGGUGAAUGGUUUGUUUAUCCUUUGAACGUGCAGGUUUUAAGCUCAACUUUAAUAUUUAUACAACUAUAAAAUUAUUUUUUCAUAACUCUAAUCUUCUAAAGGAUCAGACGACUCCUUAAAAUUUAGAAUCGGGGAAAACAUUUCUAGUGUACGUCUUUUCAUUUAUCAGUCAAGCACCUGCUAUAGUUGAAGCACAGAAGAGGUGAACUGACACGCGAGCGCUCAAACACUGGCUCAACGUGGGGCAGUGGAGCUAAUUACAGAUGCUCACAGAGAUGAAGCCGUGGCCCAGUUCAGGGAAUCACAGUUUACAUGAAAUAUCCUGAAACAUCACCAAUGACAGCAGCUGUCAUGUUUCUGCAGAUGCAUAAAUAUGAGUGUCACGAGGUACAUUUUUCCAGGAGCGCGAAGGAGUGGAACCAGUGCUUCUGCUGCAGAGUCCAAGAUUAGAGAUAAGAGGAGAUCAUUAAUACACCAGAAAUUGCUCCUCAUUGUUUGGACCUGACUUCAUAAUAAUAAUAAUAAUAAUAAUGAUUGAACUUCAUUGAUCCCACAUUGGGUGAACUAUUCUCUGCACUUGGACCCCUCCCCUGGGGAGCAGUGGAGCUGCUGCUGCUGUGAUCUGAGCGGUGAUUCACUGUGACUCUGGCUUCUUUGCAGCGUGAUCCAGUUGUCUGUCGUCCAUCUGUCGUCCCACUGCACUAAACUCCUUCGGACCUUCGUGUGGAAACGUCAAACUUUAAACCAAGUUUGAAACAAACCAAGCUUCUUUCCUACAGUGGUUGAUUUUAAGAAUCAUCAUGUGAUGAAGCUCGUGCAGGUUUCUCUCCUAUGGACGAUCUCAGUGGUGUCUUUAAAGCCACAUCCUUCAGGCCUCAGAGUUUGAACGUUUGCUGGAGGAGACGGCGUCUGUGCUGCUAAAUGUCAGGCUGUUUUUGACUUUCUAUGUUCUGCUGUUUCCUGUUCAAUACCAUCGACUGUCUGCAGCUUUGUCCGUCUGUUCCUGUGUGAGCGUGUGUGGAGCUGAGCUCAGUUUAGUAUCGCAUCCUUCAGAACAGGGAACCAACACGUCUUUGCUAUAAGGGGGAACAUAGACACAUAAAUCUAAGGUCAAAUGGGCCAAAUUAUUGCCGUUUCCUCGUCCUGAUGAACUCGGAGUGUGACGUUUGCUGCAGAUAAGAGGCUCAGCCUUUAACGCUCAGACUCAGUCACAGUGAAUGUUUUUUUGAGCCGACAUUUUUCUUAUCAUAAAAGAGGCACAAAGGCCAAUUUCUACAUCUUCCAGCCUGAAAACAUGUGAAUGCAGGGUCCUGGCUUUAGAAAUAAAGAAGGUUAAAAUGAAUAAAUAACAGAAUGAUCCAAAGCCAAAAGAGGGAGCUGGUGGUUGUUUUCACCUCUUAUGUUGUUAACCAAAUUCAAAUCAAAGAACAAACGGGUGAAGUUUCCCCCGUAAAAACAGCUGGAUGUGCGUCGGACUUGGAUCCAGGAAGCGGCUACAGUAUGUUCGUCCUCUGUUAACUCAUCUCCUCCAGGUGACGUGAUGAUUGCUGAGGCUUAUCGUCUUCAUGAAUCGGGGGAAGAUAAUUAGGGUUUCAUUUAAGUCCAUUAGGAAUCCAUUCAUUUUCUUUUCACCUUCAGCAGAAUUUGUAGCCUCUAAAACAUCCGACCACAACCUGCUGUCACUGUCAGUGUCGUUGGCUGCUUCAUUUUCAGCUUCCUUCGUUGCUGGAUAAUAUUCCUCAUGUUAUAGGUAAUAUUUAAUAGUCAGUUCUCCGCACAGCCUUUUUGCAAUUAAUUAGCGAAAUAAAAAUAUGCUUUGUCAUAUUUCAAGCCUCAUACCUGCCUUAACAAAUACCCGCUGUCUGAUAUAAUGAUUCAAAGUAUUCUGACUUCCUGAGUUUUAAUCCACGUCACUCCUUCUGCUCUGUAUCUCUUCCAUCUGAACAAAACCAAUAUCCAUUUACAUUCACAGCUUUUAGCAUGAAUGUGUAAAUAAAGAAAAAAGGUCCCACAAGGAGACAAUACGCGACUUUUAUAAAACUCUUCAGUAUUUAUUUUGACAGAACAAAAUGGAUAUUUUCAUGUAUUAAGAACAUCAAGGCUUCUCUUUCAGGGAGCUGAAAUGUGUAUGACUUUUUCUGUUGCUAUGUGACAGUUCUGAUAAAGGCUAAUUAAAGAUUAAAGCGAUGUUGAUAA